AUGAUCACUCGGUUACAUGCCAUGUAUCAGAGAUCCAGAAAGAUGCUGACGUCUCUCGUUGUCAUCUUCCUGGCUAUCAACAUCGUCAAUGGAGUAAUAACCGCAAUAUCAGUGAGGCGUAUUUCGGGGGAGGAACUUAUUCUCUCCGGCACCUAUCAGUGCAAUAUUAACUUUGAGGGCGAUAUCCUACUUCUGGUUUCCAUGACUUCAACAUUGCUCAUGACUGUAUGGGAGGUUCUCACACUGGGUCUUGCAGCCUCAAUUGCUGUAAAACACUUGCGUGAACUUCAACGACCAUCGACAGAGUGGAUUACCAUUGGGGACUGUUUUGCGGUGUUAAUGAAAACUCACGUGGUUUACUUUGCGAGCUUUGUUGCUGUAUCUUGCUUCGAGCUCGGUCGUUUGUCUCCAACGAUCUCAACGGAAACAAAUUCUCUGAUUUAUCUGGGUGUUUUCCAAUUCUUCUUGCUCGUGCAGAUGGUUGUUCUGGGACCACGCCUCAUUCUUAGCGUUCGAGAAUAUCACACUAAGCUUGUGGCCGACUCUGAUGCUGGAACAGGCAUGACUUCGAUUGUUUUCCAGGAACGCGUGCAUGUGUCAACUGGCAGUGGAGUGUAGGCUACACGGGAUGUAUGUAUUUGAUGUUAUUAACACUUGUCGGGAAUUACGUUCGAAGUUUCGUCCUGGUACAUGGUGUCGAAGUAGUCUGGUAUUCUGAAGUGUCGUUGAAAGAGACAUAAGCUGACUACUCACCUGGACUUGCAUCAAGUAGCAAGCUGAAUCCAUGUCGAAUUCGGAUAUUUCACUUUUCUGUGUCCCUUUUUUUCAAGCUAGACACCAUUUUCCACCAGGCGUCUCUGUUAAAAACCUGGCUUGUAGUAUUUGAAAAUAUUAUGGGGUUCCCUGCAAUGUAGCUGUGAAAAGUGUGAACGGGGCAUAGCCAUACAAUAGCG